CCUGACAACAGCAGAAUUCACAACAUCAACAGCUCCCCUGACAACAACAGAACUCACAACAUCAACAACUACCCUGACAACAACAGAACUCACGACAUCCACAGCUCCUGAUACAACAACACAACUCACAACAUCAACAGCUCCUGAUAUGACAACACAACUCUCAACAUCCACAGCUCCUGAUAUGACAACAGAACUCACAACAUCAACAGCUCCUGAUAUGACAACACAACUCUCAACAUCCACAGCUCAUGAUACAACAACAGAAAUAUCAACAUCAACAACAACAACAGUUCCUGAUACAACACAACUCACAACAUACACAGCUCCUGAUACGACAACACAACUCACAACAUCAACAACUCCCCUGACAACAACACAACUCACAACAUCCACAGCUCCUGAUAUGACAACAGAACUCACAACACCCACAACUCCUCUGACAACCACAGAACUCACAACAUCCACAACUCCUGAUACGGCAACCGUACUUAAAACAUCAACAGCUCCCCAGACAAUAAAAGAACAACCAAUAUCCACAACUCUUCAGACAACAUCAACAGCUCCCCUUCAGACAAUGGUCACAACAACAGAACUUACAACAUCAACAGCUUCCAAGACAACCACAGAACUCACAACAUCAAUAGCUCCUAAGACAACAACAGUCACAACAGAACGUACAACAUCAACAGUUCCUGAUACAACAGUCACGACAAAAUCUACAUCAUCCACAGAUCCCAAGACAGCAUCCACAACAAGAGAUCUUAUAACAUCCACAGCUCCUGAUACAACAACAGAACUUACAACAUUUACAGAUCCCCAGACAACAGUCAAAACAACACAGGUUACAACAUCCACAGCUUCCCUGGCAACAUCAGGGCUAACAACAUCAACAGAGCCCAUGGCAAUAUCAGGGCUCACAACAUCAACAGAUCCCUUGGCAACACCAGGGCUUACAUCAUUCAUUUCUCCCCAGACAACAGUCUCAACAACAGUGCCUCACACAACAAGUAGUACAACAACAACCACAACAUCAUCAAUGACAUCUUCUACAGCUACUAAUUCAACCACACCAGCUGUUCCAUCACCUACGUUAGUUACAGUAGCCAAUGUGGAGUUCACGACCAACGAAACCUAUGAUUCUGCCCUGGCUGACAGACAAUCCACUGCCUUCAAGGAACGAGAGUCACGCCUAAAGCAAGAGCUGGAGCCGUUCUUCCGUGAAGACUACGGUCCCAACUUUGUUGGCCUGACGGCAAGAAGCUUCAGGGCCGGCUCGAUUGUCCACAGCACUGACCUAACCUUCCACACCAACACAAGUAUCCCCACUGAGGAAGCCAUAUUCAACACGAUGAUACGAGCCGGCAGGAGCGGCACCACGACCCUCCCCAUCACCCAUGUAAACGGCACAGCUUUGAUUACCAGUCUAGUCAGCAGCACAACGAGCCUCUUCAAAGUCUGGAACCUGGGGGUGGCAUCCCUGCUGCUGCUGGCGCAGUGGUUGGCUCACUGACCUGUCAAUCAAUGCACAGUCACCUAAGCGAUGGAGGCGGGACCAGGAAGGAUUUUUUUAAAUGUAGUGCUUUAGAAAAAACUAAACAUGAAAGUCAUGCACAUGUCAUAGUACAUAGAACUACAACAGACUACUGCUCCCAUAAAAGCAUCUGUUUUUUAUUUUUUUUUUAUUUGGACUAAACGUCCAGGCUUCAAUGCUAUUUUUGUCUAAAAUGGAACCGUUUUGCCAAAUUUUGACCAUCAAAAUGAAUACCUGAGUCUGAUUUUUAUACUCAUGCCGGUAAAAUCUGUAUUUGGCAGAGGAAACUGUCCUGUCACGUGCAUAAUUCUUUCCCCAAUAAUUUGAUUUUGAAAAUGCGAUAGCAUGUUUACAUAAAUAAUAUAUGUCUUAAUAAAUAGGUAGCUAAGGUGUACAUUAGUAACAGUAUUGUUUGCACUAUCUCGAUCCUAAGUUAUUACUGUAGUUACAAACGUCUAUGUACGGAAGUACAUAAGAGUUUAUUAUUUAUUGCUUAUUAUUCAUGUUCCUGAAUUGAUUGUGA